AGCCAUCUUGGCUUAAGGCUCAGAUGGAUUAACAGAAGGUGGCAGGCGAUGGUCACCCGCCGCUUGACCGUGAACGUGGAGAACCUGACGCAGGAUCGCUGUGCCUUCAUUUUCUCCGGCGAGAAUUUCGAGUCGGGAGGCUGGAAGGGCUCCCGCAUCAACAAAUUCGUGGACUAUGCCCAGUUGGAGUUCGAGUGCCAGAGCUGGUGGUCAGGGCUCUCAGGCUACGUGGUCUUCAGUAAUGCGGACCACUCUCAGCUGCUGACGCUGGCCUUUGCCUUGCCCAUCACGACAGCACCCUGCUUCACGGCGCGCUGCGGUCCCAAGCUGCACGGCAAGGACCUGCUGGCGCGAGUGCCGGACCUGGGCCGACCCGGCUCGGGGCUGCGCCGGGAGGCCUGCUGCGCUUGGGAGACCCAGGAGCUCACCGACGAGCACGUCACCAUGCGCUUGGUGCUUUUGCCCGCAGAGGGCACGGCUCUGCCGGAGGAGCUCGCGCGGCGCCUGGCAAAGGCCCGGUACUGCCGCUCCACCUUGACCGACCAGGCGGUGGCUGGGCCGAGGAUGACGUUGGUGGAGCGGCGCCUGAUUCUGGAGGUGGACAACCGCAGCGAGGAGAGCAUGAUCUGCGAUGGUGACUUCUUUGACAGCGGCAGCUGGUGCAGCAAGAUUGAUCGCCUGAACAGGCAAGAGCACACCAAGCUGGAGUUCGCGUGCGACGAUUUCUUCUCGGGCCUGCAAGGCUUAGUCUGGUUUGUCAGUGAGAAGAGUUUGGACACCUACUUCAGCGUGGUCUUUUCCAACCCAAUGGCAGGCAGUGCAACGUUCAAUGCCUGGGCGGGGCCACCGCCGGCCGAACUCUUGCAGGAGAUGCGAGCGGCACCAGUGCUAGAUUCCAGCAAAGAGGUGCAGGUGCCCACUGGGCAGGGCUGUGCUUGGAGCGUUCUAGAGCUCGGCGCUGUGAUUCACAUUCGUCUUAUCAUCUUGGAAGAGUUGGCAUCUAUGGACCCCUUGGCGUACCCGCCCAAAGCCGUGCCCUCGAGAUCUCCGGCGGAAAAGCCGCCCGAAGUGGCGAAGCCCGAGGAGCCGCCGGCGGCGGCGCCGGCCUUGUCCAGUAGUACGGCCAUGGUGGCGGUGAAGACCAAGGAGGAGCUGGACGCCAGCAGUUCCGUGGACAAGUUCCUGAGCUCCACGCGGCCCCGGGACGUGAUCGACGGCACCUUCAGCGGCCUCAAGGUGGCGGGGGCGGGGGUCCUGGCGGGGGGCGCGGCGCUGAUCGCGGCCCCCGUGGUGGGCGCCAAGGAGGACGGGGUCACCGGCUUCUUCAAGGGCCUGGCCACCGGCGUCUGCGGCGCCAUCGGCUUGACCCUAGGGGGGGCGGUGGCGGGUGCCACGCAGCUGGCACGGGGCGUCUACAACACCCCGGAGGCCGUGCAGAAUGCCUACGCGAACAGGCGCUGGGAUGCUGAGCAGGGCAUCUGGGUGGAUGACUUCUGCAACCUCCGGGAGGAUGUCGCGAAAGCCGCCACCAUGGAAACCGAGUCCUCAGAUGAGGAGCCGGACGACCGGCCUAGCCGCAAGGUCGCAGACACCAGCUUUUACGACAUCUUGGAGGUAAAGCCCAACGCAACGCCCUCGGAGAUCAAGAAGAAUUACUACAAGGUGGCGCUGAAGCUCCACCCGGACAAGAACCAAGAUGACCCGGAGGCCAGUCGCAAGUUCCAGAAGUUGGCGCAGGCCUACCAGGUGCUCAGUGACCCCAAGCUCAGGGAGAGAUACGACCAGAACGGAGUAGAUGCCAUCAGUGACCAGGCACUGCCCAAUAUAGAUCCCGGGCUUUUCUUCAGCAUGCUUUUUGGCACCGAGCAGUUCGAGAAGUACAUCGGCAAGCUCUACUUGGCCAUGCAAACUGACCACAUUGCCAGAGACUUCCAGAAGGACCUCGACAAACACCCAGGACAAGAAGGGGUGGGUCGGGACGUCAUCGGCAACAGCAUCGAGAGGGAGAUGCGCUGGGGCUCUGAGAAGAAGGAUCUGCACAUCAAGCGGCAGCAGUUUGUGCGGGAGGUGACCUGUGCCACUCAGCUCAUCGCCCGCCUGGACAGAUGGGUGGUUGGCCGCAACCCCGACGGCUGGACCACCAGCGUGCUGCAAGAGACCGCAGAGCUUGCCCAGGUGUCCUUCGGCGGCCGGCUGCUGCAAACCAUCGGCUGGGUCUACGAGUGCGCGGCGGAGCAGUUCCUGGCGAGCUGCUGGGGGAACUUCACGCUGGACGGCUCGCUGCAGAGCUUGAAGGACUCCACGCACUCCACGGAGGU